ACAAAAAUGAUGGACUUCAAAAAAAAAGCCCACAAAACCAUCAACUUAACUAACAACAACAACUACAACAAUGUCCACUGCAACUGCUACUGUUGGAGGAUUCAUACAUACCAAUAACAAUAAUCGGAAAUGGAGGAAACCAAAUCCCUUCCCAAUUAUUUGUCCUCCAAGCCCAACUUCCACCACUGGUAGUAGUAGUCGUUCUUCAAUGAUGAUUGUUGCUUCUUCUUCUGCUCCUGAAACCAGCAAAUUCAACAAGAAUCAGAACAAGAACGAUGACGACGGCGACGAUGAUGAUGGGAAUGAAGACAAUGGUGGAAAUGUGAGACAACAAGAAGAACGAGGAGAAGAGUCGAUGAUUAAGAGGCUGGAAGAGGUGAACCCGGUGGGGCUGGGUCGGCGUUCCCGGCAAAUAUUUGACCAGGUGUGGCGGAAGUUCUCGGGAUUGGGUCAGAUCUCGAGGACCACCCGAACGGAUGACGACGAGACUAGACUUCUCAUCAGUGAGGGUGGUCCCAUGUGCGAAUUCACCAUCCCAGGCGCUCAGAACACUACUGUCCUCGUCGUCGGCGCCACCAGCCGUGUCGGCCGCAUCGUAGUCCGCAAGCUCAUGCUCAGAGGUUACACUGUCAAGGCUCUAGUUAGGAAGGCAGAUGAGGAGGUGGUGGAGAUGCUUCCGACGUCUGUGGAGAUAGUAAUUGGGGAUGUUGGUGAACCCUCCACCCUCAAGGCUGCUGUGGAAGGUUGCAACAAGAUUAUAUAUUGUGCAACAGCACGGUCCUCGGUCACUGGGGAUCUCAACAGAGUUGAUUAUCAGGGGGUUUGCAAUCUCACCAAAGCAUUUCAGGACUACAACAAUAAAUUAGCACAACUACGAGCAGGAAAAAGCAGCAAAAGCAAGCUUCUAAUUUCAAAGUUCAAGUCUAGGGAUUCAUUGAAUGGAUGGGAUGUCAGUCAAGGAACUUAUUUUCAAGAUGUGGUUGCUGCAAAAUAUGAUGGAGGAAUGGAUGCGAGUUUUCAGUUCACUGAAAAUGGAGAUGCACUUUUCUCAGGGUAUGUUUUCACUAGAGGAGGGUAUGUAGAACUGUCGAAAAAGCUCUCUCUUCCUCUGGGUUCCACUCUUGACAGGUAUGAAGGUCUAAUACUAUCUGUUGGUGGGAAUGGAAGAUCUUACGUUUUGAUACUCGGGGCUGGUCCUUCAGCCGAUAGAACUCAAAGCAAAAUGUAUUUUGCACGAAUUAGCACGAAAGUAGGAUUUUGCAGGGUAAGAGUACCAUUUUCGUCGUUUCGGCCAGUGAAACCAGAUGAUCCACCAUUAGAUCCAUUCCUUGUACACAGCUUGACAAUACGUUUUGAACCAAGAAGACAGAAACCUAAUGAAGGACCUGCUGGGAUGCAGCAAGAUUUGAGAAGCUUUAACCUUAUAUUGGAAUAUAUAAAAGCAUUUCCUACUGGGCAAGAAACAGACUUCAUCUUAGUUUCGUGUACAGGAUUAGGAAUAGAACCUACCAGAAGGGAGCAGGUCCUGAGAGCCAAGAAGGCUGGGGAAGAAUCCUUGAGAAGAUCAGGCCUUGGGUACACAAUCAUUCGCCCUGGUCCCCUAAAGGAAGAACCUGGUGGGCAACAUGCUCUCAUAUUUGAUCAAGGAAACAGAAUCUCUCAGGGCAUCAGCUGUGCCGAUGUGGCUGAUAUCUGUGUGAAGGCAUUGCAUGAUUCAACUGCAAGGAACAAAAGCUUUGAUGUAUGUUACGAGUAUGUGGCUGAGCGAGGACAGGAGCUCUAUGAGCUGGUUGCACAUUUACCAGACAAAGCAAAUAACUAUUUGACACCAGCACUCUUGGUUCUAGAGAAGAACACUUGAUCAUCUUUCUCAGAUUAUUGACCCCGUUAUUUGGUAUUUAUUCUUCAAAGAGAGGUAUAUCUUGUAAAGUAUAUCAGACAAUUUAUUUUUAUAUUUUUUAUUAUUUUAUUAUUAUUUUUUAUUUUAUACUCCCUAUAUUUCUUCAUCUUUUCCAUUCUCUAUUAAGCCAUGUGCAUUUUCUCAGCAUAUUAAUGUACAGCUUGAUACUGGUUAUUUAUGGUAUUCGACUGGGUAA